AUGGAUUCACAAUACUAUAAUUACGAAAAUGUUGUACCAUCAUUUAGAUUAGAUGAAAAACUUGUUAUUCUUACAGGUGGUUCAGGUGGUUUAGCUUCUUUAGUUGCAAGAAGUUUAUUAGCUCAAGGUGCUGAUAUUGCAUUAAUUGAUAUGAAUCUAGAAAGAACUCAACAAACUGCCAAAGAAAUAUUAGCCUGGGGUGCAGAAACAUUAAAAGGUGCAAGAGAGUCACCAAUUGGUCAAGUUUCAGCUUGGUCUUGUAAUAUUGGUGAUGCAGAAUCUGUUGAUUUAACUUUUCAAGCUAUAAAUGAACAUCAUGGUAAAAUAGCUACAGUUUUAAUUAAUUCUGCUGGUUAUGCUGAAAAUUUUCCAGCUGAGGAAUAUCCUGCUAAAAAUGCUGAAAAUAUAAUGAAAGUUAAUGGUUUAGGUGCUUUUUAUGUUUCACAAUCAUUUGCAAGACCAUUAAUUCAACAUAAUUUAAAAGGUUCAAUUAUAUUAAUUGGUUCAAUGUCAGGUACUAUAGUUAAUGAUCCACAACCUCAAUGUAUGUACAAUAUGUCAAAAGCCGGUGUUAUUCAUUUAGUAAGAUCUUUAGCAUGUGAAUGGGCUCAAUAUAAUAUUAGAGUUAAUACUUUAUCACCUGGUUAUAUUUUAACUCCAUUAACUAAAAAUGUUAUUGGUGCGCACUCAGAGUUGAAAAAUCAAUGGGAAUCUAAAAUUCCAUUAAAAAGAAUGGCUGAACCAAAAGAAUUUGUUGGAUCUAUAUUAUAUUUGGCAUCUGAUUCAGCUUCAAGUUAUACCACUGGUCAUAACUUGGUUGUUGAUGGUGGUUACGAAUGUUGGUAA